AUGAAAAAUCAACAGCUCGUGAAACAACACUAUGACUUGGGCCACAAGUAUAUGUCCAAGGGCGACUAUGAGGAGGCAUGGAAGAACUUUGACAAGGCGAUCAAUUUUGGAGGUAAAAGCCUUGUCAUUCUAGACUGCAAAGCCGCUGCCAUGUCAAAGCUUCCCGAAUGGAGGCAGAACGCUCUGCAAGUCACGAAAGAGAUGAUAUCCAAGUGGCCCAAAGAUUUCAAGGGAUAUUAUCGCCAAGCUUCCGUCUUGCAUACGAUGAAAGCCUACGAUCCAGCGCUGGUAGCUGUCAAGAAGGCCGUCGAGCUCGGUCCUACCCAGACGCAGAAUGACCGCCAGUUCCGAGCGGUCCAAGAACUCCGAGCCUCCAUCACCAUCGAAAAGUCUGAACAUGACCGCUCCAGAGCUGCCAACGACAAGGCAGAAGCCGCCAAGCAGGCCGCCGAACGGCGUGCUACUCGCAAAGCAAGAAUCAACUAUACACAUUUGUUGUCACGGGAUAUCGUAUUGACGAUUGCCGAAUCUGGCAUGGUCGAGAACCCCAAUUUCAUCUUGCGCAUGGCAGGAGUGUGUAGGCAGUGGCGCGACAUCUUGGUCGGGCAACAAGGACUGUGGGGUACUCUUGUAUUGGGAAAGAAGAGAAUGGAUAAAAAGACGGAGGUCUACAUUGAGAGAUCGGGAGGGAGAAUUCGAGAGAUCAGGAUCAGCGCUAUUCUCGACAGUCAGCUCGCUGGCAAGAUAUCUGGCCUACUCCGACCGCAUUUGUCUCAUCUCCACCGGCUCAUCAUCAUCUCCACCGGCCACACAAUCGCACAUCUGAAUCACCGGUGGACGGGUUGCAUGGAGAACCUUCAACAUCUCCAAUUAGAAAAUACCGACGGUAUAGGUCACGAAGAGAGCAUCGUCCAUGGGCUGGUGCCCCCUCGUGCAACUUCUCUCACUCGUAUCGAGAUCACGGGCUAUCGAUACGCUAGUGCGAUAUGUCCUGGGUAUCAUUUCGAGUCCCUUCAAACUGGGUUGCUGAAGCCGUCCGGCAAGCAGAAUGUUUUGACCAACGUCAAGAUCCUCAUUCUGCGUGACUGUGCAUUUAACAGUGCGGGCUCGGGGGGCGUCAUGCAUCUCGAAAUGCUUCUCGGGCACUUUCCCAAAGUGGAAACGGUCGAGCUGUCGGGCUUGCAAGAUCUAGCCAUGCCAGCACCUGACUGGGAACCCUACACCCCAGAGCUUCCCUUCCUUCGAUCAUACACGAUCAACAAUACGUCCGCCAACAUCUGGGCCAACAUCAGUACACCAGCUCUGCGUGAUCUAUCUCUCCCAUCUCACCGUCUCCCGCCAUUGCUGAGAUUCUUGCAGACGCCGGGUCUGGCCUCGGCGCUGUCCUCCAUUCGUGCUCUGGACAUUAGCGAGUCCCCAGCUACAAACCAAGAUCUGCUCAAGGCUCUUGCCUGUCUACCCGCGCUCGAGUUCUUGAACGUGACCGGCUGUCCCCUUUCCAACACCUUUAUAGAAGGUCUUGUGAGAAAGACAGGAGACAAGGAGAAGGAAACAGUCUUGCCGAAAUUGACUGCUUUGAGCAUCGCGAGGAAUGACCAGAUCACCGGAGGGCCUGUGUUGCGUCUGGUGAGGAGUAGGUAUCCGGGUGAAGAUACAGGAAAGGAUGGAGGAUCUCAGCAGGCAAAGUCCAUGGGGUCGGCCUUCAAGCCUGCGAAAUCCGUCUUUGGACGUCCAACCACCCGAGCUCCUGCCUCGACUCCUACUCCCUCCGCUCCACCAAAAAUGGCUCAGGUUCCAAAAGACCUUCCCCGUAUCACGUGGCUCAAUAUAGACCACUGCAACUUGAUCGAACCCUCCGUCAUCUCCCAUUUGCGAGAACGCGUCAGGUUCGUGUCGAACGCCUUUGGGCAGCAGAUCAACCAAGAUAGGAUCAAGGGCAAGGGAAAGUGGAGGUGGGAUAUGAGUGGAGAGAUGGGGGCGUGCAAGAGUGAAAAGGAGCCGUGUGGGGUUAGAAAGGUGCCAGGUAUGUGUGCGAGAACGUCUUGA